AUGGCGAACAAGAAAGAUCUUGCAGUCAACGCUAGCGGAUGCUGGCCGUGGUCCCGAGACCAAGCUAUGGAUGUCUCGGGCGGGCUGGCUUUGACAUGUCGGCGCGCGUCGUCGCCUCCGGAAAUUUCUUGCGCCACAGCGGUGACAGUUGACAGCCCAACAUUUGGCCUGCCACCGACCGGCUGGGAAGUGCUGCUGUCUGCCAGUGUGGGCGCUGGUACUACCUACAUACUAUGGGCGACCGUUUAA